UUAACAAGACGUCAAAGUCGUUAUUCUGUGUUAAAUAUUCUAACUAAAGAGUGAGGACCUAUCGAAUGUUUAGUUCCGUAAAUAUUUAGUAUACUUGGCUCAUUGAUUGCAAGUAAUUGCCUAAUUAUUGAAUCCGAAUACAGUUGUGACAUGGAUAUUUAGUGCGUUAAUAGAACCGAAAUAUGGAAGUUUCAGGCGCAGGGAAAUCCCCAAAUACGUCACUAUCAUUUAGAUACAAUGCUAAUAAUGAGGAACUGGAGGAACUUCUUCAGGCCUGUGAGGACGACCCCCCAACACCACAAGCUGAGCCAGCUCCGGUUAGGAGUGAAAGUGCCAGUCCUAAAAGAGCCGAGAAGAAUAUAUCCAUCAUAGAUAAAUAUUUCAAAUCUAUGCGUACAGAGAAAACAAAUGAAAAGACAGAGGAUAUCAAACCAGAGAUUAAACCGGAAGAAACUCGUUCUAUAAUACCUCCCAAAGAAAUCACUUCAUCCCCUAUGAAAGAGUAUCUAAACCGGCUUGGAAAAAGAAACACCCCAGAGGUCGCUCCGGAGGGAAAGGAGGCUAAUGAAACUUGGAAAAUAUUUCAUGAUUUUAAGUUCAAAAUAGCUCAAGCUGUCGAAGAUAUGAAAACGCGUUCUGUUGAAGACACUAAGGACAAAAGUCUACCGAGAGAAAACUCGACAUCAGAUUCUGAAGAGAAUUCAGCUGUUAAGGACUCGGAUCAGCAGAGUAUGGGUGAUACGGACAAUCAAGUGUCUUCAUUGGACAGCAGUAUGCAGAACUUAUCUGACAUGACUCAGCCAUUAACGGCCAAGCCUAUGGAGUUUGAGCUGAUAAAGGAAACGAAUUUAAACAAAAGUCACUCGGAAUCCAGUGAUGAUACGCAUAAGAAUUUACCAUAUCAAGAAUCGGACUUAGCGAGGGAAUUCUUACAAGACAGUAUAGAGAUCGAGUCCGGUGUUGAAGCCCUCGAGGACACGAUCGACGCUUUCGGCGACGCCAAUCAGAUAGAAAUGGAAGACAAUAAAAGAACAACAGAAACACCCACAAACAAUGCGAACACUUCAAACUUCGGACAGCCGCCCAACAAGAACAACGUACACAAAGACGAACCAAAGAAGAAUUAUUUCUUUAAAUUCUCAAUGUAUUUCCUAACGAUAUUUCUAUUCGUUAACUACGUGCUAUUCCCUAAUUCGAAUAUAUGGAACGGUUUCCUAUUGGGCAUUUGGUUUUUCUGUUUCGCAACCAACGUCCGUGAUUGGCUGAUGGAUAACUACUUCAGGGAUUGGGAACCGAGGAAGGGUGGUUUCUUCCAAUUGAAACAGAGCACAACACUACCAUUUAUAUACACGAUACCAACUAUAAAGGAGCACAAGCCGUUGAAGAAGUUUGAGGGUUGGUUAAAUCAUUAUAGGUUUCCAGACUACGAUCCCUUCACGUAUCACAUCAAUAAGACAACAACGGCUUUCGUCAAACUUGAAGGUUGCAACCUACGCAUAUCGUACACAAGGACAAAGGUUGCUAAGCGCGCUCUUUGGGACGAAAAGAUUGAAAAUGUAACUUUCUACCAGCACCGGCUAUACAACCUCACUGGUGCGAGAGUCAUAUUGCUGCCGAAAGGUUUAGUUAAAAGGAGGCAAUGGAGCAAGAAAUAUCCAAUUUGCAUAAUAUUGAACGAAAAGGAGAAGAUACAGGUGUUAGAGAAAGAAAACACGGAUAAGAAAUCUGAUACACAGGAGAAGAAAAAUAAAGAUGUACCAGCGGAAGUUGAAAGCGCUGAAACAAACACGACGCCCGAAAAGAAGAGGAAGUUCGUGUGGAGAAAAAAGGAGAAGAGUAUUACACAUACGGAAAUUGAACCCGGUAAAGAAGGCCUUCGUCACAGACUCGUGAGGAAAAUGCACAGAGACAAAAAGAUCGACAACACCUCACAGUGCACCGAACCCGAGACGAGUCAUUCAGAUAAGAACACACAACUUGAAUAUGAAGCGGCGGAAACGGAAAUAGAACUGACCAAGACGGCCAACAGCAAAGAUGAGGACGUGGAGCUCGAUGAGAGCGAGCUAACCAAGAUCAAAGAGUGUCUAGAGGAAACUGAGUUGGAGACGGGAUCGGAUGGUGCGGCCGAGGGGGAGUGGAGCGUCCACGUCAAACACUCAAGAGAUAAGCAUUCUAGAUUGUAUCUCUUCGCAAGGACCGGAAGAGAUAAACUCGAAUGGUACCGCCGCCUCCUGGUAGCCGUGUCAGAGGCCCGUUCCGACUCUCCCGUUGAGGACGAACGACACACGGACGACAAGGACCCCAUCGAGCUCGCUGUAUACAAGCUCACUGAGAAGGAUACUGUCGCCUUCGCUAAGUCCAAGUCCAACGAGCAGGUGUCUGAGGGGGUGACUAUCAGCAGUACGGCGCAGCCGCUGCCGUCUAACUUUGACCUAUACGAGAAGUCGUUUUGGCCCUACCUACUGAAGAUAAUACAGAACCACGAGACGUCCUCUAAACAGACGACGGACGCGGGCGUCAUGUGUCAGAUAGAGCCCACGCCGCCCGACAGGAGUAAGAGUAAAAAGAAGAAAAAGACAGCUUCCCAGGGCGCGGAGUGCACGUGUCGCGUGUUGCCGGCGGAGGUGUCGUGGGUGAACACCGUGCUGGCGAGGCUCAUGUAUGACGUCAUGAGGGACCCCGCCAUGGUGGCCCGCGUCCAGAACAGGAUACAGAGGAAGCUUAACACGCUCAAGCUGCCGUCGUUCAUGUCUCCGCUGGUGGUGACGGAGCUGGUGCUGGCGGGCUCGUGCCCAGCCGUGUGCGGGGUGGGCUCGCCCUCGCUGGACGCGCGCGGCCUGUGGCUGCACGCCCUGCUGCGCUACGACGGCGGCGCCACCAUCACCAUCCUCACACAGAUCAACCUGCUCAAGCUUAAGGAGAAGAAUCUCACCUUAGAAGACCAACUACUAGCGGCAGCCGAAAAUACAGUCGAGAGCGAUGCUAGCUGCUCUAUACCGAGCACGCUGCUCACAGACAAGAAACGCAAACCGGCGAUCUACGACUCGGAGGUGGAGGAUUCAGCGGAGUCCAGCAGCGACGACGAGAGCCCGCCGGUGCAGCCCGUCGACAGCACAGAGAAUGUAUUGGCCGCGGACUCUGUAUCGUCAACAAACGAAGGCGGCUCGUCCAAGAAGAAGUUCCUCCGUAUGGUAGACAAGAUAGCCACCAACAAGUACUUCCAGCAGGUAACCGACUACAAGUACGUGAAGCGGGCCAUGGAAGGUCUCAGCAACACGGACAUCAAGCUGCAGCUGGAGGUGAACGGCCUGGAGGGGAGGCUCGCCAUCAACCUGCCGCCGCCGCCGCACGACCGACUUUGGAUAGGGUUCUCCACCAACCCGCAGCUGGUGCUGAAGGCGCGGCCGGCGGUCGGCGCGCGGGCGCUUCGGUUCGCUCACAUCUCCAACUGGAUAGAGCAGAAGCUCACCAAGGAGUUCGAGAAGGUCCUCGUGCUGCCCAACAUGGAGGACUUCAUCAUAGACGUCAUGUCACCCACGCCCAUAGAGUUCGAGUAGGACGUCAGCGUACCAAUACCGGAUUUACAUUUGUACAUCGGGGCUUGACGUGGACUCGCACUGAUUUAGCAUUUCCUGUUCAUCUUGCAUGUAUAUCCGCAGAUUAAAAAAAUAUUGCGUGAAGUCCCUGCGCGUUGAAGAAGCGAAGCUUCGUGAUGUAUAAAUGAAAGUAGGAAGGGGUGGAAAUCACUUUUGGUGAACUCAUAUUGUUCCUUUGAGACAAACUUUAUGAACGUUGCUUAUAACUCACACUUGAGCUACCCGUUCACUCUCGCUCCGUCUCUCUCUAUCCCCCUCCCCGGAGCGUUGAACGUUUAACGCAACCUUGUUGCAACUGGCAUAAGGAGAUCCACUUCAAAAAUGAAGAAUUAUACUCUCCGUUUGUAGUGUGACGGUUUAAACUUGUGGUAAGAGCUGAUUAAACUAUAGACAACUGUUCUAUAACACAAACAAUAUGAGCUCGUUACGGAGACGAGCUGUCACCGAGCGUGUCACACGUGACACGUUACAUAAAGUGUUUUAUAAUAAGUGACGGACAGACAGCGCUGAGCGUCGGUAGAUAUAGAGAAGAUUAUUGUAAAUAUUGAAAUUAUAAAAGAUUUAUAUAUAUAUAAAACUGUUCCGCACAUGUUACAGUAUACAGAGAGUGGUAUAUGAACGUGUAGCGGUUUGUAUUGUUGUGUUCGGUAGGGUGUUGUGAGUGUCCCAGCUCGGUCGGGCGCUGCGUGCAGUCUGUGAGCUUCCUUGUACACUGAUAUGACAAUAAUUCUUAUUCUUGAAACCUAUAAGCACGGAACAGUCCUCAUAGUAAUAUUCAUAUAUUUAAUGACUGCACACAGACAAAGUGAACUCCCUGUAGCUGACACUGCCAGAAGCAGAACAUUUUUUUUUUAAACUUGUCUAUAAAUAAUUUUCAGGCGCUAUAUAAAUAUUAAAUAAUUUUGUAAGCUAGCGGCGAGGUAAGCGAACUAUUUUUCACAUUAAAAAUAUAUAAAUAUUGUUCAAUCUAAAUGAUCGCACAAGCACGCCUCUACACGGCGUGGGGAGGUCUGUGUGCGUGCUCCCUGUCGGUAUAAGGCUGAAUCCUCGCUCACGAUACGCGGCACGUGUCCUCACAUGCUCCCCGUUUGGAAUAUAUUUUUCUUAAUGAAAUUUUCUAUUAAUUUUUUUUUUUGAAAAAAUUCUCUUCUAUAAUAUUCUUAUACGAUCUUUUUAUGAAAUUCUUAUACAAUCUUUAUGUAUUUAACAAAUUGCAUAUUUCCAUAGUGUAUCGUGGUGUCGUCACAGACGCUUUGCCCGUUUGGAUCGUAACUUAGCAUAUAUCUACAUAUCGAGACCAUACUAAUUUGUUUUUCGUUGUCUCUCGUCUUGGGCUACAGCGUUCAGUUGUUUUAUUAUUAGAAAAUAUAUGAAUUUAAUUUUAGUUGAAUAUUUGUAUAUUUUUUUUAUGUUUGCUUUUAUAAUAAUUCGUUACUAUUGAUGAAGCGUUGAUAUACUUUCAAAUGUUAUGAAGAGAUAAAUUUUAUAAUACGACUUUUUGGCGCGAUUGUUUAAAUGGUGUGUUUGUUAUGUAGUGAGGAGCUCCUGCGCGAUGUCAGGCGGCAGACAAGAUUAAAUAAAUUGUAUAAAAUAUCGAAGUCAAACACUAAGACUGCUUACAAUACGUCGGCUUAUGUACAGAGGAGUUAUAUAUACUUGGUUGAGAAUCUGAACGUCUAUAGAAAUCUAAUUAAAUUAGGUCAAAUACGUUACUGAAGUAACCUUAAGGUAUAUUGAUUUUUUUAAAAGAUAUAAUAAAAAUAAAUUUAUAAAAAUAAAUUAAAGAAACUAUUAAAAUUUCAUAGUAAUGUAAGUCUGUGAGAAUGUUUUCUGAACUGUUAUGAAUGUCGGCUCCGAUCUUCAAACGAGAAUGUCAGUACAUCUCACACGGAGCCGCCGCAGCUGUUAGUUACGGGUAUUUGAUAUUUUCCGUGUAUUAAUUUUUUUUUUUCGCCUAAAAUAUAAUGAAUAUUAGUGGAAUUAUUUUACUAUAAGUGUUCUAUUUAUUUUUUAAACAUGGCGUCGCGUCGCUCAGCACGUUACGUAUUUAGUUAUAUUUUAACUAUUCCCGUUAAUGUCUGCUGUGAUUGCGUCUCCCGUAUCUUAUCGUACCAAAUGAUUACUAAAUCGUUGUCUGUAUAUAGAUUAUCAAAUUAUAAAGUGUCUAUGUGAUAUUAUUAUAUAGUUAAGGAUUAAACCGUGCCGAGUAGUUUUUCUAUGUGGUAUCAGUUGUGAUUUUUGUCAAUAAAUAAAUGUUACUACAUUUCAA